UCAAGAUGAGCGCGAAACCGGACGCAUGCGAGAGACGCCCACAUGUGCGCAUUUUUUGGAAAGGGUCACUGGGUCGCUUACGUGAGCGCCUAUAAAUCCUGUAGCAGAAACUUUCGAGCAGUAGUUUCGACCAUGGCUGCUAUUCGGGGCCUUGCAUCCAUCUUGGCAGCGUUCUUCGUCUUGGCUUCGACUUCGACCUGCUGCACCGCCGAAGAUGAACUGGCUCUACAGGCCCGGCUGACUCCCUGCGAGCUGAUCAGAUACUUCGACUAUCCCUGCGAAAUCAGCUACGUCACCACGGACGACGGUUACGUGCUGGAAGUGGACAGGGUGCCACGCGGACGCCAGGGUAACGCAACGGCUGCGGAGGAGCAGAACGGGGCCAGCCGCCACCCCGUGCUCUUUGUGCCGGUGUUCACUAGUGCCUCGGACAUAUGGUUCAUUAACUUCCCUUCGCAGAGCCCAGGCUUCCUGUUCGCCGACGCUGGCUUCGACGUAUGGUCGAUGAAUUCGAGGGAAGCGGAACGCUACUCUAACCACACGACCCUCUCCAAGAACGACCCUGAAUACUGGAAGUUCAGUUUCGACGAGAUGGGACGCUACGACGUUGCUGCCGGAGUCGAUCACGUGCUCAACGCUACCGGUGCGGAGAAGCUGACAAUCGUCGCUUUUUCGCAGGGGGUCACCACUACUCUGGUUUUGCUGUCCACGCGACCGGAGUACAACGACAAGGUCGACCUGGUUGUCGCAUAUGGUCCUGUUGCUAACCUCUCUUAUAUUACGCCUCCAUUUUCGCUUGUGGUACCCUUCGCACCUUUACUCACGGCCCUCUACCCCGUCUCCAGGGCUGGCUACUUGGGGGCGUCUGAGGGCCUCUCAGUUCUCCUUGCCAAAUUGUGCGAGAUUUUGACUGGCGAAGUGUGCUCAUUGGCCGCCACUAUAACGCACGCCAGCAGCCCUUAUCAACUGAACGAGACACGAGUCCCCAUGUACUUGGGCCACUUUCCCAUCGGAUCAACUAUACAAAACGUCCUGCACUUCUACCAGGCAGCAGCCCCCUUAUCAUCGGAGGUGACUUCAAUCUCCCGCACACAGGAUGGGGUUACGGACACAGCUCUGCUGCAGGUGUACAAGGCCAAAGAAUUUGUCAUGUACGAUCAUGGCCCCAUGGAGAACGUUGAGCGGUACAAUCAGGCGACACCGCCGUCCUAUCCGCUGGAACGCAUCACAACUCCAUGGGCGUUGUUCUCGUCAGACGGCGACCAGGGCGCCGACCCGCGUGACGUCAAAGGACUGGUCGCCAGACUCGGAUCGAGGGUCAUCCUGCAUCGCGUGGUUCCACAGAAGGACUUCGGUCACGCAGACUUUGCCAUUGGAUACAGAAGCAACGACUUUUUGCACAAUGUCGCCAUCGACGUUGUGAAGCAGCAGAUUGGACAGAGCGAGUGAGGGAUCUCUGGUUCCAGGUACAAGAAAAAGGACUGCCGCUCACGAGAAACGCUGUUUUGUUGGAGUCCCAAAGGAAAUGUUUUAUUCCGAGUGCUGUACACGGAAAGCUUACAUAUGAAAUUUCAGUACUUCAGGGUAUUUGAGUAUAUUGCCGCUUGACUUACGAUAGGUUGUAAUUUUAAAUGCUAGUAAAAGUAUUUGAAGACGAGCGUCUUUCAUGUUC